CGACCCCUCCUCUCCACGCACACUGAAGAGGAGGCUGCAGAGACGCACAGAGGCAGAGCAGCGCUGCACCACUUUUCCCUUCAUUUACUAGAAAAGCUACAUUUCAGGCUCCGCUGUUGCGCAUUGUACUGACUCACACUGUGCUGCGAGGACGAUUUAAAAAAAAAAAGCCAAAAAAGGUCCAGAUCUUAAAAGAAAAUGGGAAGGAGAGGAUUAGCCGCGGAUCAAAAGUGGAGGAGUGGGAGGAAUAACGCAACUCGGGAUUAUAUAUUCUGAUAAAGAAGCCGGUUUCUGCUUCACAUUUACAACCAAAUAAAGUCUGAGGAUGACCGCUGCCAGUCCGCCCUGCAGCCCAGCCUCCUCCCACUCCUCAUCCAUCUGCUUCUCAACCUGCUACAAACACCUGAGAAAAGGUGAAGCCCUCCAGAACAAGCUGCGCCUGGACUCCCCUCCAGGUGUGUGGCUCCUGCUGGGUGGAAUGAUGGUGCUGUUGGGGAUGAGCGUGGCUGUGGCGGGGUACGUCUCUGCGCCGCCGAAGCCAGCUGUGGGUGAAAGGAGGGACACCCAUGCUGAUAGGAUGAAGCUGGCUGGGCCAGUGGUCAUGGGGGUUGGCCUCUUCAUCUUUAUCUGCGCUGCCUCACUGCUGUUCGAGAACCGGGACAAGGAGAAUCCUCCUUGUGACAGUUCUGAUGACAUGGAGGAUCUGAGGAAGAGCAGCAGCAGGGAGGAUACUCAGGAGCAGUGGGAGAAUACAGAUGAGGAGCAGUUGGAGUGGGCCAGCCCUGUCCACCAACUGCCCCACUUAACCCAGAGCCCCCUGCUUCCUCGCCCCAACAGCCCUAACUCACUGCCAGCUCCUCCUGAUGCAGGAGGCAAAGAUAUAGAGGGAGAAAUUAAAGAGGAAGAGGAGAAGAAGGGGAAGAAGAUACUGCUCACAAUUGUCACCAAAGCUCUCCACCACCAGGAACCGGUCCCUCACCCAUCUUCCCCUUGCCUGUCCGACUCCUAUGACUCAGUUCACUUGGACUCGUGCAACUCGUGUGAGAUAAACCUUAAUGAACGGACAGUGUCAGAGCUGCCCAAAGACUGA